AUGCCUUCCAUGAAGCAAUGGGUCCUGGCCAACAAGCCCACCGACCUCCCUACCGUGUCUGGCCCCAAUCCCACCUUCAAGCUCGAAACCGCCGACGUCCCUAAGCCCUCCUCCUCGCAAGCCCUCGUGAAGACUCUCCUCCUCUCCAACGACCCCGCCCAGCGAACAUGGAUCGUCCCCGACGCCGACCCCAACCGCCUCUACGCCCCUCCCGUCCAGGUGGGCUCGCCCAUGUCCUCCUUCGCGCUUGCUGAGGUCGUCGAGUCCGGAUCGCCCAACGACCUGGCUGUCGGCAGCCUUGUUCUUGCGCCCACGAACUGGACCGAGUACUCCGUCCACGAGAUCAAGGGACUGCAGGCGAUCAAGCCCAUUGAGGGACUGGACCUCGGCCACUUCCUCGGUGCUCUGGGUCUGACUGCUCUCACUGGGUACUAUGGCAUCAAGGAGGUUGUUGGCGCGACCAAGGAUGACACUGUUGUUGUUUCUGGUGCUGCUGGUGCUACCGGAAGCAUGGUUGUGCAGAUUGCUAAGAACAUUAUUGGCUGCAAGCGGGUCAUUGGUAUUGCCGGUACCGACGAGAAGUGCCGCUGGGUUGAGAAGCUCGGUGCGGACGUCUGCAUCAACUACAAGAAGGACUCCUUUGAGCAGGAUCUCAUCAAGGAGACCGAGGGCUUCGUUGAGGUCUACUUUGACAACGUUGGUGGCAGCAUCCUCGACCUUAUGCUUACCCGCAUGAAGCGCCACGGCCGCAUCGCUGCUUGCGGUACCAUCUCCAACUACAACCGCCCUGACCCCGUCGGUCUCAAGAACUUCUUCGAAGUCGUCUCCAUGCGCCUGCACAUCCACGGCUUCAUCGUGCUCGACUACAUCCACAAGUUCGGCGAUGUCGUCGCCGAGCUGACGCAGGCCUGGAAGGAGGGCAAGAUCGUCGUCGAUGAGUCGAUGCAGACUGUUGUCGAGAGCAAGUUCGAGGAUAUCCCCAACACCUGGAUGAAGCUCUUCGAGGGCGCCAACACUGGCAAGCUUGUUACCAAGAUUGUUGCGUAA